AUGGAGCCUUUUCAAAAUUGUAGACAUAUUCAGAAGUAUAAGAGGAGAUUGGGGAUGGAAGAGGUGAUUGCCAAUUCUAAUGGAAAGAUUUGGGUUUUCAUUGAUGUUGCAGUUCAAAUGGAAAUUCUAAUGAAUACUGAUCAACAAUUAUCUCUGAAGUUACAUCAUCAGGACUUGGGCACAGACUUCAUUGCUACUUUUGUCUAUGCCAAGUGUGAUGCAGGAGGUGAUUUCAAUGUAACUUUAUCUGAGGAAGAAAAUUUGGGUGGACUGUCAGUUUCUUUGAAUGAGUGUGAAGAUUUUGCUUUUUGUAUAAACUCCAGUGAAUUGUUUGAUAUAGGUUUUAAAGGGAGUCCUUUUACUUGGUGGAAUGGCAUAUCAGCUGGAGAUUGCAUUUUUAAGAGACUUGAUAGAGCGGUGGUGAAUCAACAAUUCCAGAAUUUAUUUUCAAACAUAGAGGUGGAACAUUUGUCCAGAACAGGAUCAGAUCACACUCCUUUGUUAUUAACUUGUGGAGAUGGAAAUGUUACUUUCAGCAGACCUUUUAGCGUAGGGGGGGUGCUAUCACAAUGGAUCAGGGAUACUUUUGGGGACACUUUUCAACAACUUGCUAUAAGAGAGGAAGUGGUGAAGAUAAAAGAAGCUUUAUUUGAAGAAGAGCCUAGUGAUGUGAACAGAAUUGUCCUUCAGAAGGCACAGGCAGAAAUAAAGCAGUAUCUUCAUAUUGAGGAACAAUAUUGGAAACAAAGGACAGGGUUUUCUUGGUAUACUGAAGGUGAUAGGAAUACUGCCUUUUUCCAUAAUUGUGUGAAUGGGAAGAAGAGGAACUUAAUGAUCAAAUGA